UUGUCCUCCUUAUGCAAGAAAGGAAAUCCUGACCUAAAUGCACAACCACAAAACAAAUUAUAUUCUAUGUCUAUUAGAGUUGGACUUCUUAAAAAACGGAUGAAGUGUUCAUCUUUCAAGAUUCAUUUUCCUGAAUAUUACCAACUCCUGGACUCAGAAACUGAGAAAAGAGAGAAAGAUCCAGAAGGGGGGAGAAAGAGAGACACAACGAGAGAGAAAGAAUGAAUUCAUCCAAAUCACCUGCAUUACAACGCCCAGAGAGAGGAUGCUUCUCUUCCCAGGUGUUUUUAUGGACUGUUGCUGGCGUCUCCAUCCUAUUUCUCAGUGCCUGUUUUAUCACCAGAUGUGUUGUAACAUAUCGCAUCUUCCAAAUCUGUGAUGAGAAAAAGUUCCAGUUACAAGAGAAUUUCACAGAGCUCUCCUGUGACAACGAUGGAUCAGGUUCAGUCAAGAACUGCUGUCCAUUGAACUGGAAACAUUUUCAGUCUAGCUGCUACUUCUUUUCCACUGACACUCUGGCCUGGGCAUUAAGUUUAAAAAACUGCUCAGCCAUGGGGGCUCAUCUGGUGGUUAUCAACACAGUGGAGGAACAGGAAUUCCUUUUCCACACGAAACCUAACAGCAGAGAGUUUUAUAUUGGACUGACGGACCAGGUGGUGGAGGGUCUGUGGGAAUGGGUGGACGGCACACUUUUGACAGAGUCUGUGAGCUUCUGGGACGUAGGAGAGCCUAACAACAGAGUUAGCCUGGAGGACUGUGCCACCAUAAGAGAUUCUUCCAACCCAAGGAAAAAUUGGAAUGAUGUACCCUGUUUCUUCAAUAUGUUUCGGAUUUGUGAAAUGCCAAAAAUACAUUUGAACAAAGAAAAAUCUCUUAAGAACAGAAGGCACAACUUAACAUAUAAAGGAGAAGGAAAAAGAGUAUGGCCGAACCCACAACCCCAAUAUGAGAAAAGUAUACAAUGCAUUUCAAAGGACUUUAUAAGUAUUUGUUACUCUGAUAAACAUUUGUAGUUUUGAAUGUUAUUUAAUAUAAUUCAUGAUACUGA